GCUUUUGCUGCGCGUUUGCUCGCCGGCCGCGGAAGAAGCGAAGCCAAAACGAACCGGAGGAUCAGCCAUGAGCGGCUCCCAAUCGCUCCUGUGGGCUGUGGAUAUUUUUGGGAGAGUGUACACAUUAUCCACUACCGGCCAGUACUGGGAGCUGUGUAAAGAUGGAGAACUGGAAGUGAAACGAGUUUCGGCCGUCAAACAAUGCUGUUGGGGACUCGUUUGCGACCAUCAAAUCUACGUUUAUGUCCACUCCAGUGAUGUCCCCAUCCGGUUCAAAGAAGAAACCUAUGAGAAUCAGCGCUGGAACCCGGUGGUGGGCUUUUGCGACAGUCUGCUGCCCAGCGACCGCUGGCAAUGGAGUGACGUGAGUGGGCUGAAGCAUCAGCAGCUGGAAAGCUUUUUGCUGCCGUCGCCUCACUGGGAGUGGGAGUCUGACUGGUACGUGGAUGAAAAUUUUGGAGGGGAAGCCACAGAGAAAGGGGGCUGGACCUACGCCAUCGACUUCCCAGCUACGUACACCAAGGACAAGCGAUGGAAUUCCUGCGUCCGACGAAGAAAGUGGAUUCGGUACAGAAGGUACAAAGCGCGGGACACCUGGGCAAAGAUUCCACCCCAUCAAGAUUCGAAGCAGUUACCAGAUCCUUUUAAUGACAUCUCCGUGGGAGGCUGGGAAAUCACCGAUGAACCUCUGGGUCGACUCUCGGUCUGGACUGUCACUCUACAAGGCAAAAUCUGGUAUCGAAACGAUGUCACUCAUCACAAUCCAGAAGGAUCUUCCUGGAGCUUAAUCCCUGCUCCAGCCGAAGUCAUACAGAUCAGCUGCGGACCGUACGAUCUCCUCUGGGCCACCUGCUGGGAAGGACAGGCGAUUGUGAGAGAAGGGAUCGACCGAAACAACCCCCAGGGAACGUCAUGGACAAUUGUGGAUCCACCAGUUGCCGACAAUGGGAUUUCACACGUGUCUGUUGGUGUGAACGUGGUCUGGGCAGUCACGAAAGACAGAAAAAUCUGGUUCAGGCGUGGGGUGAACUCCUACAAUCCUUGUGGCACCAGCUGGGUCGAGAUGAUUGGUGAAAUGCAGAUGGUGGACGUGGGCUUAAAUGACCAGGUUUGGGGGAUCAGCUGUGAGGACCGAGCGAUCUACUUCCGUCAAGGCGUCACGCCAAGCGAGCUGAGCGGGAAAAUGUGGAAAGCCAUUGCCUGCAACCGAGAGAGCGACCAAUCUCAAACCGGCAGCUCCACCAGCCUCCUUAGCGCCGGCUGCUUCUUUACGGACGACAUCAAAGAACAAAGCCCCUCCGUCUUCCAGAGCGAUGGAGAGUCCCAAGCGGAGGCAGAAUCCCUUGUGAACGAUGCUCACCUUCCUGGACCUGGUCCCGAGACCCCUAAGAGCCCCCAUCCGGUCCCGGAGCUGAAUAUUGACCCAUUAGCCACUGUUCUGGAUGAAGCCACCGCCGGAUCAGAUGGAGACCAUCAAGUUGGCCCAGAUAAUAAACCUCUCUCCAAUCUGGACUCGCUUCCACCGAAGCCUCAGUGGACCAACAUCGACCUAAAAGAGGCCAGCAGGAUGUCCAAAGCGACUGUGCUUGCCGAGACCUCCAGUUUGUCUUCGUUCUUACCGGCUGGGGUCGAGGAUCAUUUUGUGACCGAUGAUCUUCCCCUCUGGAUUUGGGUCUCCAGCAGAGGCUGCCUUGUAGAUUCGCAGAGCCCGCUGAAAUGGUUCACAGCUCAGUCAGCUUUAACCUCCUGCUCUCAAUCCUUGGCACUUUCCAUCAGCCCCAGCCAUACUGCCCAAUGGAGGAAGCAAAUAUUUCGCCAGCUGUCGGAAAGGACCCACCGAGAGUUGGACAAUUUCAGACAUUACGAACAGGCGGUGGAGCAGUCCGUCUGGGUCAAAACCGGAACAUUGCAAUGGUGGAGAAGUUGGAAGCCGUACCGUUGGGUUGACGUGCAGGUGGCCCUGGAACAAUUCACUGCGAACGACGGGACCCGGGACAGUAUUCUCUUUGUCUACUACACGCACAACGAGGAAAAGAAGUACAUCCACAUGUUCCUCAACGAAGUCACCAUCCUAGUUGAGAUUCUGAAUGAGGCCAAACAUUCGUUCGCUCUCUAUACGCCGGAGAGGACUAAGCAACGGUGGCCCGUCCGUCUAGCUGCAAGCACCGAACAAGAUAUGCACGACUGGUUGGCCCUACUGAACAUGUCUUGCUGUGAGGGCCGGCAGCUCCAGGGCCCUCCUUCUCCUGAAGCCAUCUGGUCGCUGACCUGCAAAGGCGACAUCUUUGUGAGCGAGCCCAUCCCUGACCUGGAGGCCCUAACACAGCCGAUGCCUUGUGAUCAAAUGUUUUGGCGCCAAGUUGGGGGACAUCUUCGCCUGAUUGAAUGCAACAGCGAUGGCGUUGUGUGGGGAGUGGGUUAUGACCACACCGCCUGGAUUUACACUGGUGGUUACGGAGGAAGUUUUUUGUCAGGCUUGGCAGGCAGCCCUGAGAAUAUUCAUCCACAGACAGAUGUAAAGAGCAUCUAUAUUUACGAAAAUCAGCGGUGGAAUCCUGUCACGGGCUACAGUAACAGAGGCCUGCCCACCGACAGGUAUAUGUGGAGCGAUGCUUCUGGCUUACGCGAAUGUACCAAAGCUAACACCAAGGCCCCAUCACCGCAGUGGUCUUGGGUGUCCGACUGGGCCGUCGAUUUCAGCGUUUCGGGCGGGACCGACCGAGAAGGUUGGCAGUACGCGUCAGAUUUUCCCGCGUCUUAUCACGGCUACAAAACAAUGAAGGACUUUGUGCGCCGGAGACGCUGGUCCAGGAAAUGUAAAAUUGUCACAAGUGGACCCUGGCUGGAAGGGCCUCCAAUCGCUUUGCGAGAUGUUUCUAUCAUGUCACAACCUCCUGGGUCGAAGGAAGAGUUUGUUCCUCUUUGGGCCAUCAGCGACAAGGGAGACGUGCUAUGCCGGCUUCAAGUCACACCCCAAAACCCAUCGGGCACCUCCUGGCUGCACGUGGGGACAGACCAACCCUUCGUUUCAGUCACUAUAGGAAUGUUUCACCAAGUCUGGGCCGUCGCCCAAGAUGGCUCGGCAUUCUGUCGCGGUUCAGUGUCUUCCAAAAAACCAGAAGGCGAAUGCUGGUACCACGUUCCUUCCCCCGUGAAGCAGAAGUUAAAGCAAGCCUCCGUGGGACGAACGGCAGUCCUGGCUGUGGAUAAAAACGGUAAUCUGUGGUUUCGUGCUGGAAUCACACCGAGUUACCCUCAAGGAUCUAGUUGGGAUCACAUUUCAAACAACGUCCGGAAAGUUUCUGUUGGACCCUUGGAUCAGAUCUGGGUGAUAGCUGACAAAGUCCAAGGGAGUCACAGCCUGAGCUGUGGAACUGUCUGCCAUCGGACCGGAGUCCAGCCUCUGGAACCCAAGGGGGUCUCUUGGGACUACGGCAUUGGGGGAGGAUGGGAACACAUCACCGUACGAGGAAACGCGACCGAAAGAACCAAGAUGGCAGCUCAAGAAGGUCCAAGCAGCUCUCCUCGUAACCUUAGUAGCUUAGAGGGUCACGGAAGCUACCAGCCCCAAACCACCAUUUUUGUAGAUGGCGUCCAAAGUUUGGACCGAAACGCUGUCCAGUGUUGACUCUGAAGUUUCCACCUUCUGCUCAUACCGCGUUGUCCUGGAUCACGGAAGCUACAACUGAAGACUAGGCUUGUCUUUGAACGCUCGCACUUGAGUGUGCAAAAGAGACUCAAGUCAACUCCAAGCAUGCAGUCUACCGACCCUUCCAUCUUGUGUUCCCUUGGCGUGAGAGAGCAGGAGUCGACCCCCAUCCUCGUUCGAAAGGGAUGCUCCAACCUGGGGGGGGGGGGUGAGGUGUCUCCCAGAUGUAUGUGGUUGUGUGAUUUCCCAGAAAUCCCCCACUUCUCAAAUGAGCGUUCUGGGAGUUAAGAUUCAACUCACCUGCCCCCAAUGGAGAAGAUACAAGAUGGAGAAGAUCUGAUUUGGAGGCCGUUGAACGGAGAGACUGCAUGUCCAUCACCUCAGUGGGGGAACUGGAUGUGUGUGUGUAUGUGUGUGUGAAUUCUGCUUGUGUUGUUGUUUUAAUCCCUUAAUUUAUUGUGGUAUUUCUUAGGCCUGGUGGAAUCUGAUGUUCUCCAGAAGCCCUAGAUUCGUUCCCAUCAACUAAGCCUUGAUUUAUGCUGGCCAGUGUAUGACCCAACAAUGUAGGGGACCAGGGUCGAUUAACCCUUUCUAUGAUAAGCCCCCACUUGGAGUAUCUUUGACCCCCAAUCCCUGGCUUUCUUAGAUGUUCCACAGGCAGGACCUGAUCUAUGAUGAGCCAGCCUCCCUCACAGGGUUGACAUGAAUAAACUGAGCCAGUUAGUUGAUUCUAUA